AUGCAGUUAUUUUCCAACAUUUGUAAUGGAUUAAGAAGUUUUCCUUAUAAUUUAUCAAAUUUAUCUACGUUUAAACUUAGGAAUCCCACUUGUAGAAUAUUUAAUUUAAGUUUUUCAGCCAAUUCUCGAUAUAAGUAUGGAAAUUCACGAUACAAUACAUACAAUAAAAACAAAAAUACAGCACACUAUCUUCCUACUAGGAUAGCUGCAAAUAGGAGGUUUUAUCAAGCCCCUAAACACGACACUAAGCGAAACCGUGGUUAUGCUUACUCGCUCUUUGCAAUUCUAGUUGUUACUGCUGCUUGUUCUACAGUAGUAUAUUUUCAAGGCCAUCCGCAUUUGGCAGAUAUAAGUCAUGUCAUCGUCGAAAGUAUUCUAAAUAGUCAUAGGAUUCAAAAUAUCGCAUCAAAAUUCGCAGAAGAAGUUGUUAAAAAUGUGCUCAAUGACCAGCAAAUCCAAGAGUUAGCGGCAGAAAGAUUAAAGAGUGUAAUUCUAGAAUCCCAAACCAUAUUGGAAGAUAUAUUGUUCAAAGUUUUAAAUUCGCAAGAAACUCUAGAUUGCGUUACUAGGGUUUCCAAGGAUAUUACAAACCAGCUAUGCAAUGAUCCAUAUAUACAAGAGCAGGUCGGACACUUACUCUUGAUGAGUAUUAAUACUGAGGCCGCUGUUACUGGUGCCUCCAAAUGGGUGAUUGAGCUGUUUGAUAGGGAAGAGAUCAAAGAAUCGAUAGUAACAUUAUUUGCGCAAAAUGUACUCUCUGAUGUGAGAAUGCAAAAUGAAGCCUUACAAUUUUGCAAAAAUGUUGGUGAAGAGUUCCUAAGCGAUAAGAAAACUCUGGAUGAAUCUCUAAUAUUCCUCAAGGGUGUACUUGAUAGCCCAAGUAUACACAAUCAUCUCUCUAAGACACUCUGGGAAGUGUUUAAAAUUACUCUUUAUCCAAGAUGGUUGUGUUUUUAG